CUUGUUCCUAGUAGUAUGGCCAGGAGCCCCUAGUAGCUUCUUGUUCCUAGUAGCGAUGCCCUUUGCUCCUAGUAGCGUCCGGUCGCUACGUGGCCAUGGCCCAUGGACUCCAUGGACGCAUAUUUGUGUCCAUCGCGAGCUAUCGGGACAAUCAGUGCCAGUACACCAUCCAGGACCUCUUCAGCAAGGCAAAGCAUCCAGAGCGAGUCAUUGUUGGGGUGUGCUUCCAGGUGUCUGAGGAAGACACAGACAGUUUCCUGCUUGAUCUUGACCAGUGGUGUGGACAGAUCCGCUGCAGCUUCCUCUUACAUCGUGACGCGAAAGGUCCGUGCUUCGCCCGGGCUUUGAUUCAAGAACAACUCUACAAAGGAGAGGAAUUUUAUUUUCAGAUUGAUAGCCACAUGCGUUUUGUGCAAGACUGGGAUACGCUCUGCAUAGAGCAGCUCCAGCUGUGUGAAAGCCCAAAUCCCAUCCUCACUACGUAUGGGUCCAGCUACAGUUUGCCAAAGAGCUACAGAGCUGGCACGCCUGAUUGUGCAGAGUUGAUAUCCAACAAGGCGUUAGCGAUCCUUUGUGCUGACACCUUUGGGGAUGCCAACCAGGAUGACCCCUUCCUUCGCAUCAAGACGCGAAGCUGUCGAAAGGGUUUUCUCCAGCCUCCCCCGGCAUUCUUUUGGACAGCACGCUUCUCCUUCUCUCGUGGAGAGGUCGUCCGCGAAGUUCCGUAUGACCCCCAUUUGCAAUAUGUGUUCUUUGGAGAAGAGAUCUCAAUGUCCGUGAGACUUUGGACUUCGGGCUGGGAUUGUUUCCAUCCAACCAAGGAGAUUGCAUUUCACUUGGCCAGUCGGGCGCAUAGGUAUUGGUUCCGAGAAGUUCAAACCCAAAAGGAGCAAGUGGAGCAUGAGCAGAAAGCCAAGUGCAGGAUUUGUGGCAUGUUGGGGACACCGUGGCAGCAUAAGCUCCAUCAGCCACCUGAAGCUCCCUUUGGCUUGGGGACACAGAGGACACUGGCAGCUUACGAAGGUUUCACCGGCGUCGAUUUCAAGCAGCUGCAGCUGGAGCCACGGGCAAUGCUCGGUGGCCAAAGCCCAGAAGUCUUUGCACCGCUAUGGGCCGAUGAGCAGAGGGAGAAGAUGCUGCUUAACAACCAGUUGAAGGAUGUCGAGUCAUGGGCAGGAAAGGGCAACAAGUCGGCUAACGCCAACAUAGCUGUCCUGGAGGCAGGAUACAACGUUGAUGAGGCCGCAAACAUGAAACAACUUGCAAAGAUGCGAAUCGACCAGCUUCGAUCGCAACUUCCGGGGAGUCCUCAGGUGAAUUUGGCACUGAGCAAAGCUUUCUCGCACCUUGCGCAACUUGAAGACAGUAGUGGGCAGACCAACGCAGCCAAAGCAGCUGCCGAGCAGGCAGCUCACUAUUUGUCAUUGACCAAGGGAGCUAGGGCUACAGCUUUCUGGGAUGCCUCUACCAAAGCAGCUGAAGCGGCUCUCAGGAUGGCACUGUGCGAUUGGCCAAGUGCGAAAGAAGUGCUCCUGACCGCAGUGGCAGAUGUAACUGACGCACUUGAAGACCAGGAGGCCUUGAAGGUGGCAUAUGACAUUAUGGAGGCGAUCCACCGAACACAUGAAAGGACCGAUGACAGGAAAGGUCUGGAGAAAUUUCAUGCAGUCCUCAAGAACAUGCUGGAAGCCUUGCAGAAGCAGUUUCCUGAACCGAGAGAAGAAGUACCGUGCUUGACUGCUGCGCAUCCGCCCCCAGAGGGGGAGGCACCAGAGGCUUUGGCAUUGCUUUUGGAACGUGUUGUCAUAGUGCUUGUGGCCACGGGCCAUGACAGAGACAUGAAGCUCAUCAAGACCGUAUUUGAGAGCUUCCACGUGGCUCGUGAAAGCCCGCCCUUGCUGCGCUUGCUGGCGAUGUUGCAAAGCUCGGGGCACCUGCUCAGGUGAAGCUUUUAAACUUGUGCGCGGUGACUUCAAAAUGUC